AUGGCUCGUGAUUGGGGGAGAGCAUGGGUCAUCGGUACUUCCCUCUUGAUCUCCUUCAUCUCAUUCUCCUCGCAGAUUUUCGUGGUUUGGCCAUGGUACGGUAGAGUCAUCAGUGUGGACUUGCUCAAACUGCUCGUACCAUUCAAUUUCUGCGUAUUCAUGGUAUUUUGGAAUUAUCGAUUAUGCGUUAUUACCCCUCCUGGCGGUGUACCCACUGGAUGGAGACCAAACCUAAGUUCGAUGGAAGGGCAGGAAGUGAAAAAGGGGAAUCACGCUCCGAGGUAUUGUAAGACUUGUGAACACUACAAACCGCCAAGGGCUCAUCAUUGUAGACAAUGCAAGACUUGUAUCCUCAAGCUUGAUCACCACUGCCCCUGGAUUGCAAACUGUGUUGGAUACUUCAACCAAGGUCAUUUCAUCCGAUUCCUCCUCUGGGUGGACAUAGCGACGUCGUAUCAUCUCAUCAUGAUGGUCAAGAGGGUAUUCUCCAUGUCUUAUAGCUAUCAUGAAGAACCCACUCUCUCCGAUAUCCUAUUCCUCGUGUUCAACUUUGCAUCCUGUGCCCCUGUGUGGCUUUGCGUAGGGAUGUUCUCGAUGUAUCACCUUUAUUUGGCUUGCGGGAAUAGUACGACCAUCGAAGGUUGGGAGAAAGAUAAAGUAGCAACAUUGGUGAGGAGAGGCAAGAUCAAGGAGAUAAAAUAUCCUUAUAGCAUUGGCCUGGUGAAAAACGUCAAAUCGGUCUUAGGCCCGAAUCCCUUCUUGUGGUUAUGGCCUCAGCCAAUGCGUGGCGAUGGGUUGUCCUUCCCCGUCAAUCCUGAUGCAGGUGAUUCAAAUGUACAAUUCUCAUGGCCACCACAAGAUCCUACUCGACUACCUAACCCUCGUCCUAUACCUAACGGUACAUCACCUUUCAUAUAUGGUAAUGAGGGGUUCAAUCCGAAUCUGAGACCAUCAAACAGUCAAAUCAGAUCUAGAUCUGGCUAUUCACGUAUCCCUCCCAAUCACAGUCACGUAGAAGAAGGAUAUUCAUCCACAGAAGAGAGGGAAUACGGAUCGAUAUCGUCCGGAUCAAACUCCCGUUCCAGCUCACCUGAGAUAUAUUUGUCGGAUUAUGAUGAUCAUAACGAGGGACCGUUACCUCCCGGUAAGAGAUUAUCGAGGGUAAGAAGGGGUAGUGAAGGAUGGGAAGUCAGACCCGGAACUGCUGGACCUGCUGGAUCAUGGGCUGAUCUGGAGUAUGGAGGUGAUACAGAGUUGAGAGAACAGAGAAGACCAUGGGAAGACGAAGGGAGAUAUAAUUAUUAUGUACCGGGUGAAUAG